AUGGGUGUCUUGAGCUGCAUGAAGUACCUGAUGUUCAUCUUCAACGUCCUGGUGUUUUUCUUCAUCCUCGUGACCCUCGUCUUCGUCACGCAGCUCGUCGGGGCCGUUCUCUUCCUGGUGCACUGGAAACAGAUCCAGCCAGAGAUCUUCCUGUCUGAGCUGCAGAGGAACUAUCGCGGGGACGAGGGUGCUGAGGUCUUCUCCACCGCUUGGAACACCCUCAUGGUCACGCAUGUUGAUGGCAUUUCCCUUCUGUUCCAGUUCUCCUGUUGUGGCGUUUUAGGACCUGAAGACUUUGGGAACGGCUCCCGCUUCCAGGAGUUGCACCCAGGGACGCCCUGGCCGCAGGCUUGCUGUGCCCGAGACGGGGUCCUGCAGGCGGGCGAGCUGCUGAGCUGGGAGCAGUGCCAGGACAGGAGCCCUGGCUACAUCCACGAGCAGGGCUGCUUCUCCACCUUCGGCAGGACCUUGCAGAAGUACACCUCUGUCCCUGGGGCUUGCAGCUUGGCCGUGCUGGGCAUCGAGAUCUUUGCCAUGUUCUUUGCCUUUUGCCUUUAUUACAACUUCGACUGA